AUGUCAUCCACUAACAAAAGAAUAGCACUCCCAGCCAGAGUAGAACCAAAGGUGUUUUUUGCCAAUGAAAGAACCUUUUUGUCGUGGUUGAACUUUACCGUUAUCCUAGGCUCAUUGGGUGUUGGGUUAUUGAACUUUGGUGAUUACGUUGGUAGAAUUUCAGCUGGUUUAUUCACUUUUAUUGCCAUGUUGACUAUGGUUUAUGCUUUGGUUACUUACCAUUGGAGAGCAAAAGCCAUCAGAUUGAGAGGAUCAGGUCCAUACGAUGACAGAUUUGGACCUACUAUGUUGUGCUUCUUCUUGCUCAUUGCUGUCGUGGUCAACUUCAUAUUAAGGAUAAGAGCUUAA